UACCCCGCAAAGACCUGUUAGUGCUAAGGACCUAUCGAGUAUAGUAACUUUCGGGUCGCUUCUUAGUGCGGGAUGGUUUAGAUAAUAUAUCCACGCCGCCUGUCAGUGCUCUCUGGUCAGUGAUGACAUUGCAAUUGUGUACCAACUACGACGAUUCACCGUUGCUGAAAGCCAGAAUCCCUCCAAUCGUAUCACAUAUGAUAUGUCCGCCGACUUCUGGGCUGGCUACUUGAGCGGUGCUAUUGGGAUCAUCAUCGGCAACCCGCUUGACAUUAUCAAGGUUCGACUGCAGGCGGGACAGCAUGCAGAAGUCGUUGCAUCAUCAACCACCCAGCAAUUGAGCCGCCUGGAGAGCGUCACUUCUCUGGUGCGAGGCUCCGCUGCUCCGAUACUGGGUUAUGGAGCCCUAAACGCUCUGCUCUUCGUGGCCUACAACCGGUCAUUGAUGACCCUGGACACAGCCAUUACAGACCCAACCUCACCCCAAGGGACGUCUCUGUACAAAGUGUGGCUCGCAGGUGCGGCAGGUGGACUAGCCAGCUGGACUGUAUCGUCUCCCACAGAGUUUAUCAAAUGUCGAGCCCAACUGGACACCCGGCCCGGGAUCUCCUCCUGGACCGUUGCCAAAGAUAUUAUUAGUACCCGAGGCUGGAGGGGCCUAUACUAUGCAGGAGGAAUCACUUGCGCCAGAGACGCCAUUGGCUAUGGGUUUUACUUCUGGUCUUACGAGUACUGUAAGCGUCUCAUAAGUUCCGAGGACGAUACUACGAAUCUGGCUGCAUUGAAGAUCCUCCUCUGCGGCGGCAUUGCUGGCGUUGUCACCUGGACGUCGGUCUUCCCUCUAGACGUGAUCAAGACAAGGCUGCAGGCUGGGACAAUUGAAACAUCUCAAGAUCGCCCUCUUCUACCGUCUCGCAUACACACACGCGAUGCAAGCUCAAUUAAGGUUGCCAGAGAGGUCUAUCAGACUGAAGGUCUGAAGGCCUUUUACCGCGGCCUCGGGGUGUGUAGCUUUAGGGCAUUCAUCGUGAAUGCGGUUCAGUGGGCGACUUACGAAUGGCUUAUGAGAUAUCUACAAGAAGCCUGAACUUAUACAAGAAGCUCGACUAAGGAGGAACGGGACAGCUCGAUCGAUCCCCCACGUUCUGUAAUUAAAAUUGCAGCUUGUAAAUUAUUCUUGCCCAAGAGGAGUCGGAUCCGAUCCGAGUGGGGACCUAACUGUGCGACACUCCGAGAACCGGCAGUUUGCAAGGGGUCACCGCAAGACGGAAGCAGUGCGUUCGGCGCAGAACUGGCGA